AUGGACCAUACUAAUAAACCUGAACACGCAGCGGCUGGUCCCGCAGGUCCCAUCCCGCAAGACAGUACUGCUAGCACCCCGUCGAGCGCCUCAGAUCCAGAGUCCGACUUCGAUGACAAUGAUUCCGCUUAUGGCGAUUCGAUCGAUGGCAGCGACACGACCUCAAUCAAGUCCAUUAUCACCCAGUAUCGCUACGAGAAUGGGCGUCGCUACCACGCAUAUCGAGAUGGCGCAUACUGGGCCCCGAACGACGAGCUUCACAACGAUCAACAGGAUAUCGCACAUCAUCUGUGGCUCCUAACCUUGGACAAUAAGCUGUACUUAGCCCCGAUAACUGAUCCACAUAAUAUCCUCGAUAUAGGAACGGGAACGGGAAUAUGGGCCAUAGAUAUGGCCGAUGCAUUUCCUUCUGCCAAAGUCAUUGGGACUGACCUCUCGCCAAUCCAACCAGAAUGGGUACCGCCAAACUGCAUAUUUGAGGUCGACGAUGCUCUCCUCCCGUGGACCUUCCCCCCCGCCUCCUUCGACCUGGUACAUAUCCGUGAGAUGUUCGGGUCGGUCGAAGAUUGGGAUGAGCUUUAUAGACAAGCGUAUCAAGCACUGAAACCUGGCGGCUGGCUAGAGGCUGCCGAACACUCGGUCACUCCGGUUAGUGACGACGGCACAGUUGGCCCGGACCACGUAUAUACACGGUACGGGGCUGUGAUGAACGAGAUGGGGAGGAAGCGAGGCAAGGAAUUCGACAUCUGGAGCCAGGUCAAAGAGUGCAUGGAGCGGCAGGGUUUCGUCGACGUGGUAGAGAAAAGGAUGAAAUGGCCGAUGAACGGGUGGUCCUCCGAUCCGAAAAUGAAAGAUAUAGGAAGAUGGAACGCAUUAAGGGUACAUCAAGGGAUCGAAGGAUUUGCGCUACGGUUGCUGACAAAUAUCGGCGGAUGGUCUUACACAGAGGUGCAGGCACUCAGUGGCCAGGUCAAAGCAGCACUCAAGGAUAAGAAGAUCCAUGGCUAUCUUGAUGUGGUCGUCGUAUAUGGCCGGAAACCAGAAUUUGCUGUGUGA